AGUAGACAGAAGGAGUACGCAGACCGGAAGGUUAGAGACUUGGAGUUUAUGGAGGGUGAACAAGUCUUGUUGAAGGUUUCGCCAAUGAAAGGGGUGAUGCGGUUUGGUAAGCGAGGUAAACUUAGCCCAAGGUAUAUUGGUCCAUUUGAAGUACUUAAGAGAGUAGGGGAGGUGGCUUACGAGUUAGCCCUGCCUCCAGGGCUGUCCGGAGUGCAUCCGGUAUUCCAUGUGUCCAUGUUGAAAAGAUACCAUGGGGAUGGAAACUACAUUAUCCAUUGGGAUUCAGUUUCGCUUGAUGAGAAUUUUUCUUAUGAGGAGGAACCUGUUGCCAUUCUAGAUAGAGAAAUUCGCAAGUUGAGAUCAAGGAAGAUUGCAUCUAUCAAAGUUCAAUGGAAGAAUCGACCCGUUGAAGAAGCCACCUGGGAGAAGGAGGCAGAUAUGCGAGAAAGAUACCCACAUGUACAAAUAUCACCAAAGCUAUAUUGUGUCUACUCAAGAAGGAAUUUUAAGUCUGUUGCUUUGUCAAAACAGAUGCUCAUAGUCUCUGACGAUGAGUGUUACCUUGAGUACGUGCCACUGGGCACCCUCACUUCUACAUGUGCUGCCCGCACCUAUAGAGCCACACCCAUGAAGGUGGCGCCUGGCAGAUUCACUGCCUCCUUAUCUGAAGAGGAUCGCAUUCUACCUGCACACUUUUUGGGGUUAGUUGCACAUUCUGAGGACGUAUUUGGCUCAAAGAAGGCUUCCGGUUCAGAGGAAGCGUUCGGCUCUAUGUAG